AAGAUUCUGGUCCCUAUUUCCUUCUCUAAGACCCGUAUACCUUACCAUCUGUAGUUAUCGCAUCUAUGUACAUUUGCCUGCACCAAUUAUCACUAUACAAUAUCCCUCCGCACACCAUGAGUUGUUAUCCCUCCGAAUGUCAGACUCGCAAUCCAGUAUAAUAUAUUCGCUCCUUUAUUCCAUCUAAGCCCUACAAAGAAAACAAAGACAUCUACCCUAAUAACCCCGCCAUGAGCACUACUUCGUCCAUUUUAAUCCAAGAAACAGCACUUAGCAUGCACCAACUUCCGAUAUAAUCCAUGCCUGACAACCCCACCUCCAAUGCAGCUCAUGUACCCAAGCUCAAGCACAAACUAUACCCUUCAACUCCACGCCAAACCCACUUGAUCACAUUUCCAUUCCCUCCUCCAUAGUAACCAUCCCCCCCUUUCAGAAUGACCGUCCGCGUCUUCAUCUACGGCUACCGCAAGCCCGGUCUCUCUCUGUCCACCUUCCGAGAGCGCUACGAAGCCCACAUCGAUCUCGUGAGACGUAUCUCCGGCGAAGACUUCCCACUCUCGCACCGCCGUACCUAUAUAGCCCGCACAACCGUUGAGACCCCACCUGCUGGGGCGACGGCCCGCAACGCCACAACCCCGGCGACUAUCCUUCAGGGCCAGCAGUCGGACUUUGACUUUGAUACGACGGCGGAACUGACCUUUGCUGAUCAGCCUUCUUUCCAGGCUUUCAUGGCUAAGGUGACGGCUCCUGAGGCGGCGGCGCAGAUUGCGGAGGAUGAGGAGCGGUUUUUUGAUCGGAAGAUGUUGAGUUUUGCUAUGAUUGGGGAGGUGGUGGAGACGAGGAAGUAGGGGUUGCUUGAGUGGUAAAUAGGGCUAAGUUGUGCGUCUAAAGGGGAGGCAUAAUUUAGUAGUGGACAUGAUGUUUGCUAAUUUCUCUACUGCAUGUAUGGGCGCCUUGCCUCACUGCGUGCCUAAAACCAGAUUG